CCGUGUAAAUGCGCAUUCAGUGGCAAGCUGUCAUUCGAGUUUUCACCCCAGUAAAAAUAUACACGGCUUGUGAUUGAGCAGAAAAUAAAUCCCUAAACGAAAGUAUCUUCCUCGGCGUACAAAACUGUACCGGCAAACGAACGAUACUGAACAAAUUAGGCCGGUAGUAAAUCGGACCAAUUUAGACAACACCAGCACCACCGACCAGCCGACAAAAGAUGGCUUUUAGCUUCCCCGCAUUUAGCUACAUCGUGGCAUUAAUUAUCGAUGCGUUUCUAAUAUUCUUUUCCAUCUUCCACGUGAUUGCCUUUGAUGAGCUGAAAACGGAUUACAAAAACCCGAUCGAUCAGUGCAAUUCGCUCAAUCCGCUCGUCCUGCCGGAAUAUGGUUUACAUAUACUGUUCAACUUACUGUUUUUAUUUUCGGGCGAAUGGUUAUCACUCGCCCUGAAUAUUCCGCUCAUUGCGUACCAUAUAUGGAGGUACGCUAAUCGACCGGUUAUGUCGCAACCAGGAUUGUACGAUCCAACGAGCAUCAUGAAUACGGAUGUUUUGCGAGCGUGCUUACGCGAAGGCUGGAUUAAGCUUGCGGUGUAUCUUUUAUCGUUUUUCUACUAUCUUUACGGCAUGAUAAUGGCUCUAAUUGCCUCAUAAACGCGGUGUUCCAACGGGAUUCCAUCGCAAAUAUCAAACGGAUGGAGAGACAACGAUUUUUGAGUGAGUUUUUAUUUUUGUAAUAGGCGGAAAAGUUAUUCCAAAAAUUGAAACCACUGCAAAGUGUGUGAGUUUCCAUCAAUGCCAUUCUUUUCAUGAAGUUUCGGUUAAGCAUCGGGACGUAUAUUGUCAUCCAGAACCAAGCCGGGAAAGGCACUGAUCGUUCCAAUUGCUUAACACGAUAGUGAAUACUUAUUUAUUCCGUUCAUUCAUACACCAUUUUUUUCUUUUGCUGUUAUUGUUGAAACGGACGAUAAUGUACAUGGGACGAUCUUGACGAUAAUCAAAAGCGUUUCGAUACUCAGAACAGCAUAGAUACAAUACGUGUAGCCAAUACUAAUGACCAUGUACAGUUUAAUCUGUCUUAAUAAAUCAUACUGAGCGUUUUUGAGAUGUGUAGCACUAUAA